GGCUCUAGGGCUCCCCCAGUGGCCGCUUCGGGGAAUGCAGGAGCAGCAGCUGCAGCAGCAGGAGCAGCAGAGGAAGAGAAAAGGCAGCAGAGAGAGGAGGCAGGCCUGGCCUUUGGAGGAGGAAGAGCGAGAGAGGGAGACCCUGGGCAAUCCUUGGGCGAAGGAGCUCCUGAUCUGAAAGAGAAAGAGAGAUGGCUUGCUCCGGCUGAGAGGCACGUCUUCCCUGUCUCCUGAGAGAGGCCUCUGUUCCUUCAACAAAGGCCUUUGUCAGCCGGGCGGAUGACUCUCGACUACUGGCGUCCCGAGAACGGCUUUCUUUGAGCAGAGCUUCAAACCCUCUCUGCUCCAAGAUCUGUUUAGAUACUGGCAGCAUCCAGAGUUUGGACCCACUGGGGACUCACAGCAACCCACCACUGAACCUGGGACUCUCCCAGGAUAGUCUUCCACCAUGUUCCACUUGAUGAAAAAGGACAGAGAUGGGUCCAGAAGGGAGAAGAAGGAGAAGAAGGAAAAGAAGGAGCGGAUGUCGGCCGCUGAGCUGAAGAGCCUUGAGGAGAUGAGUCUGCGCCGGGGCUUUUUCAACCUCAACCGAUCCUCCAAGAGGGACUCAAAGAGCCGGCUGGAGAUCUCCAACCCCAUCCCCAUCAAAGUGGCCAGCGGCUCGGACCUCCACCUGACGGACAUUGACUCAGACAGCAACCGGGGGAGUGUGAUCCUGGAUUCUGGGCACCUCAGUACGGCCAGCUCGAGCGACGACCUCAAAGUGGACGAUGGCAACUUCAAAGGAUCAGUGCUCCAGCGGGCCGCCAAGUUCGGUUCGCUGGCCAAGCAGAACUCCCAGAUGAUUGUCAAGAGGUUCUCCUUUUCGCAGAAGAGCCGGGACGAGAGUGCUUCGGAAACCUCCACCCCUUCAGAGCACUCGGCAGCUCCUUCCCCGCAGGUGGAAACGCGGACGCUGGAGGUUCAGCUCACCAAACAGGGUGGGCCGCCUUUGCCGUCUGCCUCGCGAACCAAGGUGCCCGAAGUUGUCAGCAAGAGAUUCCCGGCUGAGUUGAAACUCCCGCUGGUAGUACCCCCGCAGCCCCCCGUGCCCAGGCAGCUGGAACUCCAGCGCCGCAACACGGGCGACUUCGGCUUCUCGCUGCGACGCACCACCAUGCUGGACCGGGCCGCUGAUGGGCAGGUGUACAGGCGGGUGGUGCAUUUUGCCGAACCGGGGGCUGGGACCAAGGAUCUGGCCCUGGGCUUGGUGCCAGGAGACCGGCUGGUGGAGAUCAACGGCCGCAAUGUGGAAAACAAGUCCCGGGAUGAGAUUGUGGAGAUGAUCCGGCAGUCGGGGGAGACGGUACGCCUUAAAGUGCAGCCCAUCUUGGAGCUGAGCGAACUGAGCCACUGCUGGCUGAGGAGCGGGGAGGGCCUUCACCAUCAAGCAGCCUUUGAGCCGGAGCCUGCCACCCCUGCGGCUGCCCUGAGCCAGGUACUGUACCCAAGUGCGCCGGAUCUCCCUGCGUCUCCCGUCUGCCUCUGGGCUGGUGUUUGUGCUCGCGCAGCGUGCUGGAGUGCCAAGACGGAGGAACAAAUAGCCGCAGAAGAGGCCUGGUAUGAGACGGACAAGGUGUGGCUGGUCCACAAAGAGGGCUUUUCCUUAGCAAGCCAGUUGAAGGCAGAUGCUGCUGCCCCUGGCCUUCUACCUGAGGGGAAGGUCAAGGUGAAACUGGACUAUGAUGGAGCUGUGCUGGAGGUGGAUGAAGAUGACGUGGAGAAGGCCAAUCCUCCAUCCUGCGACCGCGUGGAGGACCUGGCCAGCCUGGUCUACCUCAAUGAGUCCAGCGUCUUGCACACGCUACGCCAGCGUUACGGCGGGAACCUCAUCCACACCUACGCCGGCCCCAACAUGGUCGUCAUUAACCCUCUCAGCUCUCCAUCAAUGUACUCUGAGAAGGUGAUGCACAUGUUCAAGGGCUGCCGCAAGGAGGACACCUCUCCCCACAUCUAUGCUGUGGCCCAAGCCGCCUACCGGAAUAUGUUGAUGAGCCGCCAGGACCAGUCCAUCGUCCUGCUGGGCAGCAGCAGCAGUGGCAAGACCACCAACUGCCAGCAUUUGGUCCAGUACCUGGCCACUGUCGCCGGCAGCUCCGGGAAGGUCUUCUCAGUGGAGAAAUGGCAGGCCCUCUAUACCGUCUUGGAAGCCUUUGGCAACAGUGGCACCACCCUGAAUGCCAAUGCCACCCGCUUCUCCCAGAUCAUCUCGCUGGACUUCGAUCAGGCCGGACAGGUGGCAUCUGCCUCUGUACAGACAAUGCUGCUGGAGAAACUCAGAGUUGCCAGGCGUCCUACAAAUGAGGCUACCUUUAAUGUCUUCUACUACCUGCUGGCCUGUCCAGACAGUGCCCUCCGGACGGAGCUCCAUUUCAACCACUUGGCCGAAAAGAACGUCUUUGGGAUUGCCCCUCUUUCCAAGCCGGAAGAGAAGCAGAAGGCAGGUCAGCAGUUCAGCAAGCUCCAGGCGGCCAUGAAAGUGAUGGGCAUCUCCAGCGAGAGGCAGGCAGGCUUUCUGGCUCGUCUGGGGGCCAUUUAUCACUUGGGGGCAGCUGGAGCCACCAAAGACGGCGACGAAGCCGGGAGGAAGCAAUUCGCUCGCCACGAAUGGGCUCAGAAGGCAGCCUAUUUGCUGGGAUGCACCUUGGAAGAGCUCUCCAGCUCCAUCUUCAAGCAUCAGCCCAAAGGGACCCUACAGAGGUCCACCUCAUUCCGCCAAGGACCAGAGGAAGCAGCGUUGGCAGAUGGCUCAGGUCCAAAGGCAUCUGCCUUGGAGUGCUUAGAGGCUCUGGCCUCUGGCUUGUACUCGGAGCUCUUCACGCUGCUCAUCUCCCUCCUCAACAGGGCUCUGAAAUCCAGCCAGCGUUCCUUGUGCUCCAUGAUGAUUGUAGACACCCCGGGCUUCCAGAACCCCGAGAUGGCCGGCCAGAGCCGCGGGGCCACUUUCGAGGAACUGUGCCACAACUACGCUCAGGAGCGGCUGCAGACACUUUUCCAUGAGCGCACCUUUGUGCAGGAAUUGGAACGAUACAAAGAGGAAAACAUAGACCUUUCCUUAGAUGCCUUAGAGCCCAAUACAUCUGGUUCUGUAGCCACAGUAGAUCAAGCGUCGCACCAGGCACUGGUCCGCUCUCUGGCCCGGACCGAUGAGGCCCGUGGCUUGCUGUGGCUUCUGGAGGAGGAAUCCCUUCAGCCUGGUGGCAACGAAGACACACUGCUGGACCGGCUGUUCACCUACUAUGGCCCACAGGAUGGAGACAAAAAAGGCCACGAUCCACUUCUCCGGAGCAACAAGCCCCGCCAUUUCUUCCUCGGCCACAGCUAUGGCACCAACUGGGUGGAGUAUGACACCACUGGAUGGCUGAGCUCCGUCAGACAGAACCCGGCCUCCCAGAACGCCUUGCCCCUCUUGCAGGAGUCUCAGAAGAAAAUGAUCAGCAGCCUCUUUGCGGGCCGAGCUGGGACCACCAUGGUCUUGUCCGGGUCCAUUGCCGGCUUAGAGGGGGGCUCCCAGCUGGCACUGCGCCGGGCCACCAGCAUGCGGAAGACCUUCACGACAGGAGUGGCGGCCGUGAAGAAGAAGUCGCUGUGCAUCCAGAUCAAGCUGCAAGUGGAUGCCCUCAUCGACACCCUGAAGAAGUCCAAGCUCCAUUUUGUCCACUGCUUCCUGCCCAAGGCAGAUGGCUGGAGCGGGGGCGACUCCCGGGGGCCUUAUGCCCGGCGGGUGAGCACUAGCGAGCUGGACUUGCAUGGUGAACACUGCGAGGCCGGCCUCAUGCAACUGGACGUCCCGCUCUUGAGGGCACAGAUCCGGGGCUCCCGCCUUCUCGACGCCCUUCGGAUGUACCGCCAAGGUUAUCCAGACCACAUGGUGUUUGCAGAGUUUCGGAGGCGCUUUGACGUCUUGGCCCCUCACCUCACCAAGAAGCAUGGCCGCAACUACAUCGUCACGGACGAGAAGCGGGCUGUGGAAGAGCUCCUGGACUCCCUGGAACUGGAGAAGAGCAGCUUCCACAUGGGCCUGAGCCGGGUGUUCUUCCGGGCAGGAACAUUGGCAAAGCUGGAGGAGCAGCGAGACAAACAGAUGAGCAGGAACAUCACUCUUUUCCAAGCCGCCUGCCGAGGCUUUCUGGCCCGCCAGCAGUUCAAGAAGAGAAAGAUCCAAGACCUGGCGAUCCGCUGCGUGCAGAAGAAUAUCAAGAAGAACAAAGGGGUGAAGGACUGGCCUUGGUGGAAGCUCUUCACCACCGUCCGGCCCCUCAUCGAAGUUCAGCUCACCGAGGACCAGAUCCGGGGCAAGGAUGAGGAAAUCCAGCAGUUGAAGAGCCGCCUGGAGAAGGUUGAAAAGGAGAGGAAUGAACUGCGACUGAACAGCGACCGUUUGGAGAGCAAGAUUACUGAGCUGACCUCAGAGUUGACCGACGAGAGGAAUACGGGCGACUCGGCUUCCCAGCUCCUGGACGCUGAAACUGCAGAACGGCUGCGAGCUGAGAAGGAGAUGAAGGACCUCCAGGCCAAAUAUGAUGCCCUCAAGAAGCAGAUGGACUCCAUGGAGAUGGAGGUGAUGGAGGCCCGGCUCAUCCGGGCUGCUGAGCUCAACGGCGAGAUGGACGACGACGACUCAGGUGGCGAAUGGCGGCUCAAGUACGAGCGCGCCAUCCGUGAGAUUGACUUCACCAAGAAGCGCUUGCAGCAGGAUUUUGAGGACAAGCUGGAGGUGGAACAGCAGGGAAAGCGGCAACUGGAGAGACGGCUGACCGACUUGCAGGCGGAUGGCGAGGAGAGCCAGCGUGCCCUCCAGACCCUGAAGAAGAAGUGCCAACGCCUGACGGCUGAGCUUCAGGACACCAAACUGCACCUGGAGGGUCAGCAAGGCCGGAACCAUGAGCUGGAGAAGAAGCAGCGCAGGUUCGACAGUGAACUUUCGCAGGCUCACGAGGAAGCCCAGCGCGAGAAACUGGGGCGGGAGAAGCUGGCCCGAGAGAAGGACAUGCUCAUCGCUGAGGUUUUUAGCCUCAAACAGCAGAUCGAGGAGAAAGACUCGAGUAUGGCCAGCUUGACCCAGAAAGUGGAGACCCUGGAGGCUGAGCUGCAGGACCUUUCCUCCCAGGAGUCCAAAGACGAAGCCUCCCUCGCCAAGGUCCGGAAGCAGCUCCGGGACUUGGAGGCCAAGGCCAAGGACCAGGAGGAGGAGCUGGACGAACAAGCGGGCACCAUCCAAAUGUUGGAGCAGGCCAAACUUCGGCUGGAGAUGGAGAUGGAGCGGCUGCGGCAGACGCACUCCAAAGAGGUGGAGAGCCGGGACGAAGAGGUGGAGGAGAUCAGGCAGUCUUGCCAGAAGAAGCUGAAGCAGAUGGAGAUGCAGCUGGAGGAGGAAUAUGAGGAAAAACAGAAGGUGCUUCGAGAGAAGAGAGACCUAGAGGGCAGAUUGGCAGCUGUCAGUGACCAGGUCAACCAGCGGGACUUUGAGACGGAGAAGCGGCUGCGGAAAGAUUUGAAGCGCACCAAGGCCCUCCUGGCUGAUGCUCAGGUCAUGCUGGACCACCUGAAAAACAAUGCCCCCAGCAAGAGGGAGAUUGCCCAGCUCAAGAAUCAGCUUGAAGAGUCAGAGUUCACAUGUGCAGCCUCUGUCAAAGCUCGCAAGUCCAUGGAGGUGGAGAUCGAAGACCUGCAUCUACAGAUCGACGAUCUCUCCAAGGCCAAGGGAGCACUGGAAGAACAGUUGAGCCGCUUACAGCGGGAGAAGAACGAGGUGCAGAGCCGUUUGGAGGAGGACCAAGAAGACAUGAAUGAGCUCAUGAAGAAGCACAAGGCAGCAGUCGCUCAGGCCUCCCGGGAUCUGGCUCAGAUCAGCGAUCUUCAGUCGCAGUUGGAAGAUGCCAGUAAGGAGAAGCAGGAGCUACAGGAGAAGUUGCAAGCCCUCCAGAGCCAGCUGGAGUUUGUCGAGCAAUCCAUGGUGGACAAGUCUUUGGUCAGCAGACAGGAGGCCAAGAUCCGCGAGCUGGAGACGCGGCUAGAAUUUGAGAGGACACAAGUCAAACGCCUUGAGAAUUUGGCAACUCGCUUGAAGGAGAACAUGGAGAAACUGACAGAAGAACGGGAUCAGCGGACGGCAGCCGAGAACAGGGAGAAGGAGCAAAAUAAGCGGCUUCAGCGCCAGCUGCGGGACACCAAGGAGGAGAUGGCCGAGUUGGCCAAGAAGGAAGCCGAGGCCAGCCGGAAGAAGCACGAAUUGGAGAUGGACCUGGAGAGCUUAGAAGCUGCCAACCAGAGCCUGCAGUCGGACCUGAAGUUGGCCUUCAAGCGGAUCGGGGACCUGCAGGCCGCCAUCGAGGAUGAGAUGGAGAGUGAUGACAAUGAGGAGCUCAUCAACAGGUUGCAGGACGUGGUGGCAAAAUACCAGAAGCGCAGGAAUAAGCUCGAUGGAGACUCGGAUGCUGAUUCGGAGCUGGAGGAUCGCGUGGACGGCGUGAAGUCAUGGCUGUGUAAGAACAAAGGCUCUUCCAAGACGGUCUCUGAGGAUGGCAGCUUGAAGAGCGGCAGCCCUCCCUCCUACCGGAAAUCGUUUCCCUACGACAAAUCUGACGAGGAGCGGGAGAUCUUUGACGGCGCUCCCAGGUCCAAGUAUUCCUCACGGAGUUACCUGAGCGACAGUGAUUCGGAGAGCAGACCGGCGGAAACCACGGCGUAGCCCCCCACGGAAGUGCAACCAGCAGGCAGUGCGCCCUCCUCCUCCUCUUCCAAGCCACGGCUGGACACACACUGGGCACAGCGCACAUCCUUCUUUAGGAUCUCAGCCGAGCGCACUGUUGGUGUCUGUCUCUUCACCGGGGCUGAGGUGGGACCGCUGUCCUUUUGGUGGCGUGGAAGGGGACGAAGACUCCACAAGGCCCUUGACUAGGGGGGAUUUUGGACUCUGUGCGCUGGACAGAUUUUGCUCUCCUGCCCCUGUUUGGUGGAUGGCGGGGGAAGCCGGACUCCUCUUUUGGGUUUGUCCAUCUUGUGUGUGUCUCUGUGUCGGAGGGGUUUUCCCUCCGCAGUGCCUGCCCCCAUCUUGCAUCAUAACUUAUGUCCCGUCUGAUACCCCACGGAAAGCCACUCCCUCCGAGGUUUGAAGCAUUUUCUUUUAACUUGAGCCAAAAAUUGGUGUGUGUUUGCAUAGACGCAUACAUUCUUAAUCUCCCCUCCCUUCGUGCCCCGUUAUCUGGGAAACAGGUCCAUCCCUUCCCUGCGAGCACUUGUACGUUCGGACGGCUGAGUCGUCGAGCACAAGCACGCUUUACGCUCAUGCGCUGCACAGUUGCACACACCGCACGCCGCCUCGUUUCUGGUCCCACUUCCUUUUCUUGCACUUGGUUUCUGCCCAAAGCCCUUUGAGGCACCGCGUCUCCACCGAUACUUCUUGUUUUUAAAUUUUUAUCCUUUUAAAGGAAAUCCCGGGAGCAAACGAUCCCCUUUCUCCCCAACUUCUGCCAUUAACCACGUACACGUUGCCCUGCUCUCUUCACAGCACACCUGAGGUCCAAAUGUGGACCCAAUCUUUCUUUCUGCUCCUAGGAUUGUCCGGUUAUCCAAAAUGGCUGCAUAACACACACCUUUUUGCUUGAUCUUUUCUUUUUUUCUGGGUUGGGGUGAGAAAAGCAUUUUGCUGCUUGCUGCUUGGGCUGACAUCCAAAGGAAUUUUCUUUUCUCCCGGUGCCCGAAUUGUUCGGCUUCUCCCAAAAACACGCCAGAUCCACCUCACGUUUUGGCGAGGUGCCUUUCCUGUUCCCCCACAAAAUGCCGCACCACGAGCACUUCCACAAACCCUUGUUAAAGGAUGCCAAACCGGAGACAAUACUUCUUGGGGGGGCAGAGUCAGAAGGAGGAGGAAAGCGAGCAUCUCUCCCUUCAUCUGGGUUUGGUUUAUAAUAUAUUUCCUCUUUGUUUUGCACUACUUCUGUUGUGCGUUUGGUUUUCGUUCCUCUUUCUUUUUCAACCCCUUCCAUCCGUCUGUCGACUUUAAAUAAGAAAAUAAAUGUCAUUUACAGCU